AUGCCCAAUAUCUUCUUCCCGGAUUAUUUUGGGUCCAAGAGGUCUUCAAGUAUACUUUAUCUCCACACUUGCAGGUCAUCUCCAUUGGAGCACCAUUCUCGGAGUUCCAGCUCGAGCUUCCUCUUGAACUGCUCAUUGCAAAUCAAAGUCUUUUUUUUUUCCUCACUGUCUGCAGCUUUGUGGUGCUGUAAUGGAGAAACCCGCCAUUUUGUAUCACUUGCAGAAGGAGACGACCUGCUAGAGAAGACCCUAACCGGCAAGACCAUUACUCUCGAGGUCGAGAGUUCCGACACCAUUGACAACGUCAAGGCCAAGAUUCAAGACAAGGAAGGAAUUCCUCCAGACCAGCAAAGAUUGAUCUUUGCCGGAAAACAACUCGAGGAUGGCAGGACCCUAGCAGACUACAACAUCCAGAAGGAGUCAACCCUCCACCUCGUCUUGCGUUUGAGGGGUGGCAUGCAGAUUUUUGUGAAGACUCUGACUGGGAAGACAAUCACCCUGGAAGUCGAGGGUUCAGACACGAUUGACAACGUCAAGGCCAAGAUUCAGGACAAGGAGGGUAUUCCCCCAGAUCAGCAGCGCCUGAUCUUUGCCGGAAAACAGCUCGAGGAUGGCAGGACCCUAGCGGAUUACAACAUCCAGAAGGAGUCCACUCUCCAUCUUGUCCUCAGGCUCCGUGGUGGGAUGCAAAUCUUCGUCAAGACCCUCACUGGAAAGACAAUCACCCUUGAGGUCGAGAGUUCGGACACCAUUGACAACGUCAAGGCCAAGAUCCAGGACAAGGAGGGUAUUCCACCGGACCAGCAGCGCCUGAUCUUUGCCGGAAAACAGCUCGAGGAUGGCAGGACCCUAGCGGACUACAACAUCCAGAAGGAGUCUACCCUCCAUCUUGUCCUCAGGCUCCGUGGUGGGAUGCAGAUAUUUGUGAAGACCCUUACGGGCAAAACCAUUACUUUGGAAGUCGAGAGCUCGGACACCAUCGACAACGUGAAGGCGAAAAUCCAGGACAAGGAAGGAAUCCCACCGGACCAGCAGAGGCUGAUCUUUGCCGGAAAGCAGCUGGAGGAUGGCCGUACUCUAGCAGAUUAUAACAUCCAAAAGGAGUCCACCCUUCACUUGGUCUUGCGUCUGAGGGGUGGAAUGCAAAUCUUCGUGAAGACCCUUACUGGUAAAACUAUCACCUUGGAAGUCGAAAGCUCGGAUACAAUUGAUAAUGUGAAGGCUAAGAUUCAGGACAAGGAGGGCAUCCCGCCCGACCAGCAGAGGUUGAUAUUUGCUGGUAAACAGCUCGAGGACGGGAGGACCUUGGCCGAUUACAACAUCCAAAAGGAGUCGACCCUCCAUCUCGUCUUGCGUUUGAGGGGUGGGAUGCAGAUAUUCGUGAAGACUUUGACCGGCAAGACAAUCACCCUAGAAGUGGAGAGCUCAGACACGAUCGACAAUGUGAAGGCGAAGAUUCAAGAUAAGGAGGGGAUUCCGCCAGAUCAGCAGAGGCUUAUAUUUGCCGGGAAACAGCUUGAGGACGGGAGGACCCUUGCGGAUUACAAUAUACAGAAGGAGUCGACCCUCCAUCUUGUGCUCCGUCUUCGUGGUGGUGGUUGUUUAUAA